AAGGUACUUCCGGUAACAGGCAAACUUGCUGAAAAUAAAGCAGCAAGCUUAACAGUAGCUGUAUGCUGUACUUAAUAACACAACAUUUAUUUAAAUAUUCUGCUUAUACAGAAUGGAUCUCAAGAGAAAAGCAAUGGACAGUGCAAUGGUCCCUUUUAAAAAGCCACGACAAGAUCUAGUCGCGGUUGGGACACAUCAUUCACUCAAUUCACUUGUUCAGUCGGUAAGAGUAAUAAGAAGACGUCUUCUCACUUCUAAUUAAUUAUUAAUUGACUUAAAUCAACGAUAAAAGCCUAGAUGUUAAGUUCAAUGUUGUGGUAGAAAAUAUAGUAGAGUUACGGCUACUAAACUUUUUCACUUGUAAGACCAAGAUUUACUUACCUUAUUUAGGUAACCCCGUAUUUACUCGCAUUAGGUCUCACUUUUACUUUUUUACCUAAACCAAAUAUUUUGAUAAAAUAAAAAUCAAAGUAUGACCUAUCCGCCAUACAACCAUCCCACUCAACCUUCGUCAUCCUUUCAUUAUCAUUUUUAUGCUUAAAAAUUAGGCAGGUGGAAAGGGUGAGAUGUGCUCAGUGCAUAUUACAACAUGGCAUGGGUAUUACGCAAAGCAUCCUAGGCAUAAUUUGCCAUGGGGGUAGAGUGCAAUGCUUCCUUCCACUGUGAUAUUAUCAUAUUCAUAUAUAUUAUAUUUAGGCUGCGGCUAUUCGGACCCGGGUACAAGAGUGAGAGGUUGGGUUCAUUAAAAAAUAUUUAAAAUAUUAUUGUAGGGUUUGUAAUACCAAAUGUGGUAUCAAAUGAAAGAUAAUUGAAUGGACUAUAUUCAUAUGUAAUAAACUUACUUCUUCAGUUUAACUAAAAUAAAUUACCACAAAUGAGAUUCGCAUAGCAUUUCGUCUAAAGUGACCCGGGUACGCUUAGCCACUAUAGACCAAUUUGAGGGAGGAAUCAUUGGGCAUUGGGAUUCACCAUAGUCAUAUCCAUAGGGAAUUAUGUUAAGGGCGCUUUGCACUCUACCUGUCACGUAACAUGCUUAGGGUUUGACUUGUCUUGCCCUACCCAACACCAACCUAUUUUGGCAGUUAAAUAAAAACUUUCUCAUCUACAAUCUCUAACUCAUAGGCCUAACUAAAAGUCAGAAGGCUUUGGCUAAGGUCAUACAGAAAUUUAUAUACAUAACUGAUAUAAUAUAAACUAUUUUUGGAUUAAAUGAUAAAGUCUUUCCACCCAAAUCUUGGUUAGAACUUAAAUUUGACAGUGUUCAUUUUUCAUUAAUUUAAUGCAGGGUUUCAUUUGCUUAUAGUUUAUAGUUUAUUUCAAAUCUUUAAGACCUUUGGAGGCCUAAUCAUAUUCCGAUUUCUAAACUUCCAUUCAGGGACCGCCAAGAACUUCGAACUUAAUGGCUCCCAUUAUGCUUUUGACUGGACAUGAAGGAGACAUCUUCUGUUGUAAGUUUUCUCCAGAUGGCCAGCUGCUCGCUUCAGCAGGUUUUGACCGCCUCAUUUGUAAGUUCACUCUUUUUAUUAUAAUACUUAAAAUCUCUGUGCAUAAGCCUGAGAAAAAUUCUGUAAAAGUUAAUUUAACUUUUCUGUAAUGGACUUAUUAAAAAAACACACAAACCAAUUAUGCAAAGAUUCAAAAAGUCUUCAGUGCCAACAGGUUGACUGAACAUUUUGAAGUCAUUGCAUUGCUUUAAAAUGUCAAUCUUGUGUCACUGUCAAAUUUAAUACUUUCCUAACUUAUCAAUGACAAAUUAUUUUAAUAUUUCAUAAUUUUUUUUACAUUGGAUUUUUUUCCAGAUUUUUGGACAGUCUAUGGCGAGUGUGAAAAUUUUGCUAUGUUAAAAGGUCAUACAGGAGCAGUUAUGGAUUUACAAUUUUCCACAGAUGGCAGGUUGGUUUUUAACUCUGAUAUAAUAAUAAUAAUAAGACGUCUUAUAUAGCGCGGUACCCCAGCCUAGGGCUGGGCUCACCGCGCUGUACUUAAAAAUUUUAUCAAAAGAGACAUAAUUAUGACAUUAAAAUAAAAUACAUUUAUGAAAAAAAAGAACAGCAAUGUAUAUUCACCCAACCCCACUAUAUAACUUUUACAAGACAAACCAUGGACGGCAGCCAGCAAGAUGUGCAUCAUUUAUUUAUUUUAUUAUUUAAAACAGAAUUUAAUCUAUCAAGAGCAGUAUUCUUUAAAAUAACUUGGUAUUUUCAUUGAGCCCUUUGAUCAUCUAAGUAUAUAUUAUUUCUCCAGCAUGGUCUUCUCAGCAUCAACAGAUAAAACUGUAGCCGUGUGGGACAUUGAAUCUGGUGAGAGAAUGCGCAAGUUGAAAGGUCACCAGACUUUUGUCAACUCUAUCAAUCCUGCCCGUAGGGGACCACAGCUUUUAUGUACUGGUAGUGACGAUGGCACUGUGAAGGUUAGUACCAUAACAAGGGGUUUGCGCUUGUGUUGUAAGGUUUGAAAUUGUGCCAAACUGAUUGAUUAGACAACCAUUAAAUGAUCUAAAAAUGAAAAAAAAACUUCAAAAUUUUAUUGGAUGGAUUUUUAUUAAUUACAAACAUCCAUUUAAAUAACGACAUGCUUAUAUGAAUACAACAUACAGCUUAUCACAUUCCUUACUCUAAGAUAUGCUAAAUAAGCUGGGUUUUUCUCACAACAGACAUGGGAUGCACGUAAAAAGGGAACAAUCAACACAUUUCAGUGUACAUACCAGGUGACAGCAGUCACAUUCACUGACACAGCUGAACAGAUCAUCUCUGGAGGAAUUGACAAUGAGUUGAAGGUAAUUUAUUUUAGAUUCACUUUAUUAGACCAAUGUUUUAGUCGGAGAAGAAAAAUUAUUCCCUGUUAAAUGACGGUGCAUUCUAUUUGGUUUACAUUAUAAACUCAGACCUGCCGACCCUUCCGAUUUUGUCGACAUUAUACAGAUUUUUACCCCUCAUUCCGACCUUCCAAUGAACCCCUUGAAAUUCGGAUUUUUUAAAUUUAUAAUUUUUCACCCGUCAUAAAAAUCCGAAAGCGACAAAAAAACAACAAAAAAAACUGGUACGACAGGAAGUGUUGCAUUUGUUUUUAUAAAGUGCAUACAUGUCCGACAACAUUGCAAAUAAGUGAAUUAUUAUUGAGAUAUUCGUCAAGCUAUUAUAUAUUCGACCAAGUCACAUGACCACAGUAACAAAGUUGCGCAAGGUAUUUGUCCGUCAGCUUGUCAUGUGACCGAUCAGAGUUUACGGUACUUCAUUUCAACAAAUUUAAGAUAGUUUGGACAUAUACACGAAAAAGAAAUAUGUUCAAUUAUACACAAGAAAUACUAGGACCAUUGUUGGUAUAUAUAAUGAAUGAUUGGUUAAAAAGUGACAAUAGUUUUUAUAAAGCGUGGCAUGCAUGCCGGAUAAAUAUCUCCCGCACUAUUUGUCCAGGCGCCUGACAUGUAGACACUGCCUUGUUUUUAUCGAAGCGAACCGCAAUCUUCAAAUCAUUCUUUAAUCAUCAAUUGAUGCGAUCGUGAUUCAUCCUUUUGACAAGGCUAAAAAAUAAUAAUUUUUUUUAAAGCUUUUUGUUAGUAAAUGGUUAAAUCUAUUGAAAGUGAUGGGUACAAUGAUAUUAAUAAACAUAUUUUAGCCCCCCAAAAAACCAGACAACUGCAGCUAAAAGUAAUCCAUGUCUAAUUUCUUUCGAUUCAGUUAGCACAGCGGUUCUCAACCUGUGGGUCGCGACCCCUUUGGGGGUCAUUCAGUUAGCAUAGCGGUUCUCAACCUGUGGGUCACGACCCCUUGGGGGUCGCACGACCCUUUCACAGGGGUCGCCUAAGACCAUUGGAAAACGCAUACACUCAACAGUUAUAAAGUAUCAACCAAAAUAAUUUUGUGGUUGGGGGUCGCCACAACAUGAAGAACUGUAUUAAAGUGUCGCGGCAUCAGAAAGGUUGAGAACCACUGAGUUAGCAGAUCGUUUUAUUUACUACAUUUCUUAUUGAAGGAAAUAUUUCUCCAGCCAACACCGGUCGUUUUAAUGCCAGAAUCAAAGAAAUGUUUCCAGGCUCGCAGAUUGCUAGAAGAUUGUAAAGAAAAAUUACAAUGUAACAAGGGCAAGCAUGAAAGUUGAUACUUUUUCUAACUUGCUUGUAACUUAAAUUGUCAAUUGCAAUGCUAACCUUCAGUUGUCCAAAGAGCUGUGGACAAGUGGAAAAUGGCCACUAGGGAUAUGCUGGAAAACUGAACUCUCACUAAGAGUCUUAACAGCAUGUGUACUUAGUAUCAAGAUCUUAAACCAACCCCCUGCUGGGCGCCACUCCCUGGGGGCAGUGGCCCCACUUCCUCCCCUGCGGUCACCCCCCUACAGAUUUUUUUUUUCGGUAGGUUGGCAGAUCUGUAAACUAGAGCACUAGGGUUGAGUCACUUUAUUAAAUUUAUAAUUAGUGAUGCACUGAACUGAAUUCAACUCAUUGAAUUACCGGUAUAAUGGGAGUUUUUUUUUACAAAAAUAGAACAUACAUUUUGUUAUAUCUUUCCCAUGUUUAUAAAGCUGUUAUGCUUUUAUACCUAUCAUAUGUUUAUGAAGCUGUAUUGUUGCUAUACCUAUCAUAUGUUUAUGAAGCUGGUAAAAUAUAUUUCUUCUUCUUCUUCUUCUAUAUCUUAAGGGCCCACGAUCAAUUUAUUGAUCAUUUUGGCUCCUAUGCAUGUAGAUGGGAUUUGCAAUGUUUCUGUUCCUGGUGUUGAUGAGGAAAUUUCACAGAUUUCCAGUGCCACUCAAGUUAUUGAGGAAACACCAAAUCAUCUCCCGGAUUCUACAUCUUGCACAAGCACCUGUGUUGAGCACUUGAAAGAGGAAAAGUUGAUCCACGUUGCUGCAUGAUACCAAGAUGUCUGUGGAUGGGGCCCAUUGACCUUGGCUGGAUACUCAUCUGAGAAAAAGAAAACUUUCGAUUCAAACGCCCAGAGAUUGAGUUCCGUGGGCGGUGUGACAUGCUGACACAAUGAAACUUCCUGGCGAUGCCACUGGUGCCGAGCCGUAUCAUUCAUACCUGAUGUUCCUUUAUGUUAUUAGAGUGUGUCGAGAGAGGAAAUUUACCGUCUAUUGAUCCAGCUUGUCCUGAAAUAAAAAUCCCAUGUUCUGUCAUUUCAUCCUGCAAAGUCUACACCAUUGUCACAUUGUAACGGAUAGAUAAAGUCUACACCAUUGUCACAUUGUAACGGAUAGAUAAUGUCUACACCAUUGUCACAUUGUAACGGAUAGAUAAUGUCUACACCAUUGUCACAUUGUAAUGUAUAGAUAAAGUCUACACCAUUGUCACAUUGUAACGGAUAGAUAAUGUCUACACCAUUGUCACAUUGUAAUGUAUAGAUAAAGUCUACACCAUUGUCACAUUGUAACGGAUAGAUAAUGUCUACACCAUUGUCACAUUGUAACGGAUAGAUAAUGUCUACACCAUUGUCACAUUGUGAUGGAUAAAGUCUACACCAUUGUCACAUUGUGAUGGAUAGAUAAAGUCUUCACCAUUGUCACAUUGUGACGGAUAAAGUCUACACCAUUGUCACAUUGUGACGGAUAAAGUCUACACCAUUGUCACAUUGUGAUGGAUAGAUAAAGUCUACACCAUUGUCAUAUUGUGAUGGGUAGAUGCCAGAAAAUACCGAGAAAGAAAAGCAUCUGCCUAAUUAUUACAAUGUUUAAUUUUUUCAGUUUUGACAUACAUUUUUUAAGAUUUUUAUAAAUCCUUUAUUUGAACCUUUCAGGUCUGGGAUUUGAGAAAAAAUGCAGUCUUAUACAAGAUGAGAGGACAUUCAGAUACUGUAACAGGACUGGAGUUGAGUCCAGAGGGAUCCUAUCUUUUAUCAAAUUCCAUGGAUAACACAUGUGAGUGAAUGGACAUUCUAGUGUAUCAGCUGUUAGCAUUGUGACUAUGGUUAUACCAUUUCUUUACACAACGAACAGGAUUUGGCAACCUGUUCUUCAAGCUGUUAUAACAAGUGUCAUAAUACAUACAGAUUUAAAAUGAUCAAACAGCUAGCCACAUGACCAAGCUGUUGUUUCCUUAGCUACCGGUACAUUAAGCUAAUGAAGCUGCUGUUUUCCCUCUGAUUUUUUUCUAAUUUUGAGCUUUUUUUUACAAUAAUUUACCCAUAAAACUUCAAGAUCGUUUUUUUGUAGCAUCACAUUUUUAAAAAAAAGUAAUUAUUAUUUGUAUCACUAAAAUAACUAAUAGAAAAUGAAUCCUGUGGCACAUUAAAGUAUACAGAUUCUGAGGGUAAAUUGGACAUUUAUGUGAGCUAUGUAAGGUGACCAUGACCUUUAAAUAGUGAGGACUGUUGCACCACUGUUUUCUCUGCCUUCGAAUCACUUCUGCACUUACUUUUGGGUCUGUUUAUCAUAUUCAUGUGUUUUUUUUAGACUCAGAAAAUGAUACUUUCAGUUAAAAAAAUAUGUCCUUUGGAUAUGAGAAAUGAAAAAAAAUAAGGCAUUGGUGACUUCAAAUUUCUCUUAUGAUUGACCAUUAUGACAGCAUCUAUGUUAAUAUGAAUUUCAUCCAAAGGAAAAGCCAUUCAUUAUUAUCAUGAAUUUCUCUUUCAAAUACCAUCCAUUGCAGAUAAACAGAUGUAAUUGACAGUUUUAAAAUGUUGAAUUAUGCCAUGACCUGGAAAAAACUGACAUUUCAAUGUCCCUGCUAGAAAUAACUGAGAUUUCAAUGGCCCUGCUUCUGCUAGAAUAAACUGACAUUUCAAUGUCUGUGCUAGAAUAAACUUACAUUUCAAUGUCCCUGCUAGAAAUAACUGACAUUUCAAUGUCCCUGCUAGAAAUACUGACAUUUCAAUGUCCCUGCUAGAAAUAACUGACAUUUCAAUGUCCCUGCUUUUGCUAGAAUAAAGUGACAUUUCAAUGUCUGUGCUAGAAUAAACUUACAUUUCAAUGUCCCUGCUAGAAAUAACUGACAUUUCAAUCUCCCUGCUAGAAAUAACUGAUAUUUAAAUGUUCUUGCUAGAAUAAACUGACAUUUCAAUGUCCCUGUGCUAGAAUAAACUUACAUUUCAAUGCCCCCGCUAGAAUAAACUUACAUUUCAAUGUCCCUGCUAGAAAUAACUGAUAUUUUAAUGUCCAUGCUGGACUUAGGUUGCAUGUAAAUUCAAGGAUUAUUAAAUAUGCUUUGAUACUGAUCGCACCCUCGAUAAACACAUCGCUGCAUUCUGCCUCGCCCAACUGUUGACAGGUGCGAGGUCCAAAUUUAGAAUCCUUGAUACAAAGUAGUUAUUGAAUUAAUCAAAUGGUUAGAUUCUACCCUUUUCAUUGAUUCCAUAGAGAACAGGGUUGACUUUUUUUUUUACAAAUGUAUUUGAUUUAAAUCAAAUUUUUAAAGCUUUUAAUUGAUUUUUGUUCUUCUUUUUUUUAAAAAGAAUUGCAUAAGAUUUAGAAGUAUUCUAUUCUAGUGUCUCUGGUUUUUUCCUUUUUAUUUUACUUUAGCAGUUCAAAUAGUUUACAUGUUUUUAAUAAUUGUAAAGCGCUUAUAAGGUAAGCGCCAUAAAAAAAUGCCUAAAUAAAUAAAUAAAGUACACUAAUGUUUAUAAAGUUUAAACUAAUGUUUUUAUAUAAAUUGGAUAUUUUGAUAUUUAAAUAAGAUUUUCCAAAUUUAGAUAGUCUACUUAUUUAUUUAUUUAUUUUUUUUAAAAAGGAUUUCUUUAGAUUUUGAAGUAUAAUUAAUUUUUAUAAUGAUCAAACAUAAAUUCCAAUUUGAUUUUGACUUACUGAUUUAAUUAUUAGUAAAAUCAAAUUAGAAAAAUUAAUAAAAUACAAUAAAUAUUAUCUAUAUGAAAGGUUUUUCAUACUUUUUCCGAAAUCUGACAUUUCUCUUUAUAUUCUAAUAAAAUUAUUAUAACAUACCAAAUGAUUAAUUAAAAAAGUUUAAAACUUAUUUGUUAACAUUACAAUAAAAAUAUAUAUCAAAUCUAUUUGAAUACAAAUUUCAGACUUUCAAAUUAUCCUUAUCAAUGUCAUUUGAUUCCACAAAAGCCAUCAGAUUAAAUGUACGAAUGGAAAAGCUAGUUGUCAAGCUUUCUCAACCCCAAGUUAAUUUCUAAAGACUGAAAAUUUUAAUUUGAUUUGAAUAAAAAUGAAAUUUAUGAUUAUAAAAUUGUGCAAUCAUAUUAAGAAAUUAAAUAUUGUGUGACUUAUAAUACAUAAAACCAACAUAAGUUCUUUCUAGCAAGUAUCUUUAAAUAUAAAUAGGUUAGAUAAAUAAAUAUAAGUAAAAUUAAUUAAAAUCAAUUUUUUAUCAUUUAUAUUGUGACUUUUAUUGGUCCAUAACCGUCCAUUUUAAAUUGUGAUUGAAAUUAGUGACUUAUUUGAGUUGAUUUGAAUCAUCUGAACCCUGAUGGAGAAUGGCAUCAAGCUCAUAUUUGUUUUAAAAAUGCUUUCAUCAAUUUAGAACCAGAGAAGUUUUCCUACUCUGAAACAGACUUUAAGAACAAAUGAUAUUUUUUUAAUGAUGUCAUCAUUAUAUAUGUAAAAGUUAACACCUUCGUCUAACCUGUGCUGUAACAUCUUAUAACAUUUUAAUCAUCUUAUAUUACCCAGUAAAAGAUAAGUUAGAUAUGGUGACUUUUGAUCCAAAUGAACUAUUCUGUCUUUUUUAUUUAAUAGUGCGCAUCUGGGAUGUGCGGCCGUACGCUCCCCAAGAAAGAUGUGUUAAAAUCAUGUCAGGCCAUCAGCACACUUUUGAAAAGGUAAAGCAUUGGAUUUAUUUUAUAUUUUACUAUUUUUUGUUCACAUGAAUCAUCUGGACAUUUAUGGACCACCAUAUAUUAUGUAUGCACUGAUGGGGGAGAGAGAGUGGUUGAUUUUGGAAAAAGAAUAGUUGCCUUUUCACUUGUGUUUUAUUUUGACUGUUAUAAAAACAAGUAACCUAUGCUUAGCAGAGCAAACACAAUUCUGUACAUCGAACCAGGAAUUCUUAUUACCACAGGGUAUUGCUAAUAGUAAUAGAACAUAAAUUGUGUAGCAAAUUGAAAUAAAAAAAAAUAUUUUCUACUGCAAAAGUUGGGAGUUAAGCUUUAAAAAUUAUGCAUUCAUCAUUACCCGUAUGUUAGUCAAAUGGGUCGUAUGUUAGUCAAAUGGGUCGGGUCGUACGCCACAAGUUAGGAAACACUGGUUUACAGUGACUUGUCUGCAUAUAAUUGUCCGGUAUGUGAUUAAUGGUUUAUAAAUGAAUUAAUUUUGUUUGUGUACAGCAGUGUUUUUAAUAUAUGGUUGGCCCCUUAUAAAAAAGAAAUAUCUUUGAUAUAAGAUCCUAUUUUUUUAAAAGUAUCAACAAUAAAUAAUUACAAGAACGUAAUGUAUUUUCAUUUCAUAUUGUAUUAAUAAAUAUAAUAUUGACAUUUAAAAUUGAAAAAAAAAUUAUUUCAAAGGUAUGUACUCAACAAACACUAAUAUGGUAAAUAUUAGAAGCAGAUGAAAAAAUAAGUCUAAAGCUGGUACACAGUGACGUUGGGUUAACUUGAGACAUUUUCUUUUCUCUAUCAUCAGGUAACAAAUGUAACAACCAAUUUUAAGAUUAAAUGUACAUAAAUCAAGCCAUUAAAUUAUUCCAGAAUCUGCUGAGGUGUGCUUGGUCACCGGAUGGCAGCCGUGUUGCUGCUGGGUCGGGUGACAGAUUUGUGUACGUUUGGGACACCACAUCCCGUAGAGUGGUAUACAAGCUGCCAGGCCAUGCUGGCUCUGUUAAUGAAGUUGACUUCCACCCCAAUGAACCUGUCAGUGAGUACAAAACAGUAGAAAGCACCCAAUGGCUCCUGGUUUAUAGCCUCUAACCCAACUGUGUCAUCAAACUAAAUCAGCAUACAAUUGAUAGUAAUAUACACUCGUAUAGUAAUUUAUCA